AUGUCUGCUUAUGAUAUUGACCACUUAGCUCAAUGCAUUACUGCUCAUGCUUGGAAUGCUGAUAGAUCAAGAGUUGCUUUAUGCCCAAAUAACAAUGAAGUUCACAUCUAUGCCAAACAAGGUACCUCAUGGGUUGUCGAACAUGUUUUAGCUGAACACGAUCAAGUUGUUACUUCAAUUGAUUGGGCACCAAAAACUAAUCGUAUUUUAACUUCAUCACAAGAUCGUAAUGCUUACGUUUGGACUUUUAAAGAUGGUCAAUGGAAACCAGUUUUAGUUUUACUCCGUAUUAACAGAGCUGCUACUCAUGUUAAAUGGUCACCACAAGAAAACAAAUUUGCCAAACACAAAUCAACUGUAUUAAAGGUUGACUGGCAUCCAAACAAUUUAUUAUUAGCCACUUCAUCAAGUGAUUACAAAGUUAGAGUUUUUGAUGCUUACGUCAAAAAAGCUGAUGGUCGUAAUGUUACUCGUCCAUACGGUGAAGUUCCAUUCGGCGAACCAAUUUUCGAAUUUGACCAAUGUGCCAGUUGGGUCCAUGCUCUUAAAUGGUCACCAUCAGGUUCAUCAUUAGCUUUCUCAUCACAUGACAGUACUUUUGCUGUUGCCAACUUUGCCACCAAUCCACCAACUGUCGAAAAAGUUAGAUUACGUGGUUUACCAUUAAGAGAUCUUCUUUACAUCACUGAAAAUUCAAUUGCUGGUGUUGGUUACGAUUGUGCUCCAAUUUUAAUCACUAACCAAAAUGGUUGGAAAUACUCUGAUGAAAUGGAUAAAGGUUCAGAUAAUGCUGGUGCUGCUGAAGCUACCUCAGCUCGUAAACUUUUCCAAAAUAAAGUUGAUCUUGGUGAAUCUAAAUCAAGUGAUAAAAAACUUACAACUGUUCAUCAAAAUUGUGUUACUACUAUCGUUCCAUUCAAGAGUGUUGGUGGUGUUGUUUCAGACUUCUCAACUAGUGGUUUAGAUGGUAAUAUCGUCAUCUGGCACGUUAAAGCCCUUGAAGCCAAAAACAAAUUCAAGGUUAUUUAAACAAUUUAUAUAAUAUAAUUAAAGAAAAAAAACUUCAAAAAAAAUCAAAAAAAAAAAAAAAAAUAGUAAUAUUCAAAAAAUAAAUCAUAUAGCAAAGAUAAUCUUAGUUGUUGAUUAAAAAAAACUAAUAAACAAUAUUUAUUUAAAAAUAAACAGUACAUUAAUUAC